AUGGACAAUGGAAUGUUCUCUAGCUUUAUCAUGAUCAAAAACCUCCUUCUUUUUUGUAUUUCCAUGAACUUAUCCAGUCGCUUUGGCUUUUCACAAAUGCCAACCAGUUCUGUGAAAGAUGAGACCAAUGACAAUAUCACGAUAUUUACAAGAAUUCUGGAUGGGCUCUUGGAUGGCUAUGACAACAGACUACGGCCUGGGCUGGGAGAGCGGAUCACCCAGGUGAGGACCGACAUCUAUGUCACCAGCUUCGGCCCGGUGUCCGACACGGAAAUGGAAUAUACCAUAGAUGUGUUUUUCCGACAAAGCUGGAAAGAUGAAAGGCUUCGGUUUAAAGGGCCCAUGCAGCGCCUCCCACUCAACAAUCUUCUUGCCAGCAAGAUCUGGACCCCAGACACGUUCUUCCACAACGGGAAGAAGUCCAUCGCGCACAACAUGACCACGCCCAACAAGCUGCUGCGCCUGGAGGACGAUGGCACGCUGCUCUACACCAUGCGCUUGACCAUUUCUGCCGAAUGUCCCAUGCAACUCGAAGACUUCCCGAUGGAUGCACAUGCUUGCCCUCUGAAAUUCGGCAGCUAUGCAUACCCUAAUUCUGAAGUUGUCUAUGUCUGGACCAACGGCUCCACCAAGUCUGUUGUGGUGGCGGAGGAUGGCUCCAGACUGAACCAGUAUCACUUGAUGGGACAGACAGUGGGCACCGAGAACAUCAGCACCAGCACAGGUGAAUACACAAUCAUGACAGCUCAUUUCCACCUGAAAAGGAAGAUUGGUUACUUUGUCAUCCAAACCUACCUUCCCUGCAUAAUGACAGUGAUCCUAUCUCAGGUGUCCUUUUGGCUGAACCGAGAAUCAGUACCUGCCAGGACAGUUUUUGGGGUAACCACAGUGCUGACCAUGACGACUCUCAGCAUCAGUGCUCGGAACUCUCUGCCCAAAGUGGCUUAUGCCACUGCCAUGGACUGGUUCAUUGCUGUGUGCUAUGCUUUUGUGUUCUCUGCACUGAUCGAGUUUGCCACAGUCAACUAUUUUACAAAGAGAGGCUGGGCAUGGGAUGGCAAGAAAGCCUUGGAAGCAGCCAAGAUCAAGAAAAAGGAGCGUGAACUCAUAUUAAAUAAGUCCACAAAUGCUUUUACCACGGGGAAGAUGACCCACCCCCCCAACAUCCCAAAGGAGCAGACCCCAGCAGGAACCUCAAAUGCAUCUUCAGCCUCAGCAAAACCAUCUGAAGAGAAGACUUCUGAAAGUAAAAAGACUUACAACAGCAUCAGCAAGAUUGACAAGAUGUCCCGAAUUGUAUUCCCAGUCUUGUUCGGCACUUUCAACCUAGUUUACUGGGCAACAUAUUUGAAUAGGGAGCCGGUGAUUAAAGGGGCUGCCUCUCCAAAAUAA